CUUCCUCAUGCGGACUUCUAUCCGAACGGUACCAUUAGGACGUACCUCUACGUUACGUCCCUCGUACAACUCCUUUGGGAUACAGCACGGAAGUUUAACGUCAGUCAGAGGACUACCAUUCCCCCGGUCAACGUAUGGGGGAUUCGGAUGCAGAACGGCACCUGGACCGGCUUCCUCGGAGAACUUCAGAGAAACGAAAGCGACGUGGCGUUCACACUGUUCACGCCCACUAUCGAGCGGAACGUGCUGGCCGAGGCGAGCGACCCCGUCGGUUACGAGGAGCUGGUCAUCCUGGGCGGCUUCAGCGAAGACGCGGCGCACCAGAUUAGCAUCACCGGCUCGUUCACAGUGUUCGGGAUGGAGGUUUGGUUGACGCUGCUUGGCUCUCUCGUCGUGAUGGCUCUAGUCGCAUCCCUGGCGCCGAAUUCGGAGAACGAGUUCCUGUUCGACUUCAAGAACAACGUAUUCCGACUAUUCGCCAUUCUAUUUCUGGAAUGCAAGUAUACGUUCACACGUCUGUGCAAAAAAAGAGAUGUGAAACGCGGAAACUAUCUCGUCAGGCAGCUCGCAAACUGACUCGAAUGGGAGUUCUUACCCUUGUUUGAAAACGGCCGGCGCAGAAAACACCUGCACAACAAAAGGAACGAAAAGAGCAUCAAAAGUU